GCCACCACCACCACCAUCAUCAUCAUCAUCAUCUUCGCCCCCGCCGCCACAGCCCCGCCGGACUGAGCGGGAGAGGGACCGAGACAGAGAGAGCGGGCGAGCUCGGGCGCGCGUUUUGGCGGAGGCUCCCGAUCCUGGCCAGCCGGGGUGGGCUCCGUACCAUGCCUUUUCCCUCCGAGCCUCCUCUUGCCUCCGCGCCCGCGAUGCCCACAGCGAGGGAUCGACCCCAACCGCCUCCUGCUUGCCUGCCUGUCCUUCACUGCCUGGCGCUCAGUUGAUCUUCAGCGCCGUCUUGAAGCUGGAAGCCCGACGAGGACGGGUCCGGAGGUACCUUCUUUUGCUCGGCAUUUUUCAGACCACCCUUUUCUUUAAACAACUUCUCCGAUCCGGACCUCAUCCGCCCUCCGACACCCCUUGAAUAUUUCUCUUCCAUGCAAAGGGGUUCUCAUAUUGUGCCAACAUGGCAGAACAUGGCACCCACACCUCUUCUGCCUGGACCUCUGGGAACCCUCCUACUUACAACCCUAUUCUGUGCCCUGUGGAACAUGUGGAUUUGGGAAUUAGUGAGCAAUCAACCCCACUGGAGCAGCCACCACCCUCCCCAGACCUGGGUGAUGAUGAUGAUGAUGCUGAGAUGGAGCCCGCACCUGACCCAGAUGUACCCUACCCUGAUUUGGCCCCUGUGGUUUUCUUCUGCUUGAAACAGACUACGAGCCCUCGGAGCUGGUGUAUCAAGAUGGUGUGCAAUCCUUGGUUUGAGUUUGUCAGCAUGAUGGUGAUCCUACUGAACUGUGUAACGCUUGGGAUGUACCAACCCUGUGAUGACAUGGACUGCCUCUCCAACAGAUGUCAGAUUCUGCAGGUUUUUGAUGAUUUCAUCUUCAUCUUCUUUGCUAUGGAGAUGGUGCUGAAGAUGGUGGCCUUGGGGAUUUUUGGCAAGAAAUGUUAUCUUGGAGACACCUGGAACCGCCUGGAUUUCUUCAUUGUAAUGGCUGGGAUGGUGGAAUAUUCUUUGGAUCUCCAAAAUAUCAACUUGUCUGCAAUCCGUACUGUACGAGUUCUGAGACCUCUCAAAGCCAUCAACCGUGUGCCUAGCAUGCGCAUUCUCGUGAACUUGCUCUUGGACACACUGCCCAUGCUGGGGAAUGUUCUGCUUCUCUGCUUCUUUGUCUUCUUCAUCUUUGGCAUCAUUGGAGUACAACUAUGGGCUGGUCUACUGAGAAACCGCUGCUUUAUGGACGAGAACUUGACCAUACAAGGUAACAUCACUCUUCCUCCCUAUUACCAACCUGAGGAGGACGACGAAAUGCCUUUCAUCUGUUCGCUGUCAGGAGAUAAUGGCAUCAUGGGCUGUCACGAGAUCCCCCCACUGAAAGAGCGGGGUCAUGAAUGCUGUUUGGACAAGGAUGACUAUUACUACUACACCUCAGUCAGGCAGGAGUUCAACGUCAGUGGCAUGUGUGUCAACUGGAACCAGUAUUACAAUGAAUGCCGCACAGGCAACGCCAAUCCACACAAAGGGGCUAUCAACUUCGACAAUAUUGGCUAUGCAUGGAUUGUUAUAUUCCAGGUGAUCACUCUGGAAGGGUGGGUGGAGAUUAUGUACUAUGUGAUGGAUGCUCAUUCAUUCUACAACUUCAUCUACUUCAUUUUGCUGAUCAUUGUGGGCUCAUUUUUCAUGAUCAACCUGUGCCUAGUGGUGAUUGCUACACAGUUUUCAGAGACCAAGCAGCGAGAGCACCAACUGAUGCAAGAGCAGCGAGCCCGAUACCUCUCCUCCAGUACAGUGGCCAGCUACAUGGAGCCCGGAGACUGCUAUGAAGAGAUAUUCCAAUAUGUCUGCCACAUUGUUCGCAAAGCCAAGCGACGCACCCUUGGCUUCUACAAUAGUCUACAGGAUCGACGCCUGGGCCGAACAGAGACAAGCGCUGCUGAGCGGAGCGCAAAUAGGAAAGUUCAAAGGCAAUACAGGCGUUGCCGGAAACACAACUCCAUGGAUCACAUGCCACAAGGUCUUGGCCAGCCUAUUGCUGUGACAUUGACCUCUGACCCCAGCAACUGUCCAAGGUGUCACAAGGCCCAGCAGGAAGCAGCCCGGAGACUUUCUGUGCUUGAGAGUGCAGACUCGGAUCAAGAAGAAGGAGGAGGUGCCAACGAAGAAGAAGGAGGUAGCAGGAAAGGAAGCGUGGAAGCUGCAGACCUGGAAAAAGAGGAAGAAGAUGGUGAAAAAGGCAGACAGCCGACACUCUGCAGUGACAUGUGGCAAGAAGUGAGAGUCAAACUAAGGGGAAUUGUGGAGAGCAAAUAUUUCAACCGUGGGAUCAUGAUUGCCAUUCUUGUGAACACUAUCAGCAUGGGCAUCGAACACCACGAACAGCCAGAGGAGCUGACCAAUAUUUUAGAGAUCUGCAAUGUUGUCUUUACCAGCAUGUUCGCCUUGGAGAUGAUCUUGAAACUUGCUGCCUUUGGCCUCUUCGAUUAUCUUCGUAACCCCUACAAUAUUUUUGACAGCAUUAUCGUCAUCAUCAGCAUCUGGGAGAUUGUAGGCCAAGCUGAUGGGGGCCUAUCAGUCCUGAGGACAUUUCGUCUACUGAGGGUGCUGAAGCUGGUGAGGUUCAUGCCUGCUUUGCGGCGUCAAUUGGUGGUGCUAAUGAAGACCAUGGACAACGUGGCUACCUUCUGCAUGCUUCUCAUGCUCUUUAUAUUUAUCUUCAGCAUACUGGGAAUGCACAUUUUCGGCUGUAAAUUUAGCCUCAGGACCGACACAGGCGAUACGGUCCCUGACCGGAAGAAUUUUGACUCCCUUUUGUGGGCCAUUGUUACUGUAUUCCAGAUCUUGACUCAGGAGGACUGGAACGUUGUGCUGUAUAAUGGCAUGGCCUCAACCUCACCGUGGGCAUCCCUUUACUUUGUGGCUCUCAUGACCUUUGGCAACUACGUUCUCUUCAAUCUGCUGGUGGCCAUCCUAGUGGAGGGAUUCCAGGCCGAGGGUGAUGCUAACCGGUCAUAUUCCGAUGAUGAUCAGAGUUCAUCAAAUACUGAAGACUUUGACAAGUUCCAGGACAGCUCAGAUCCAAAGCUUUGUGCAAUUCCCAUGACCCCAAAUGGACAUCUCGACCCCAGCUUGCCUUGUCUCAACCAGCCUGGGGCAGCUGCUGGAAUUGCUAAUCCUUCCUGCAACACUUUACAGCCCGACAAGGUCCUUGUAGCCCUUGAAUCACGGAAAAGCAGUGUGAUGUCUUUGUCCAGCUCCCGUAGCUCUUAUUACGGUGCCUGGGGCCGGAGUGGGGGUUGGGGAAGCCGUCGCUCCAGCUGGAACAGCCUUGCACGAGGACACAGUCUCAAGCAUAAGCCUCCUUCAGCUGAGCACGAGUCACUCUUAUCUGGUGAAAGGCACAGGAUUUUGGAGGGAGAACGAGAAGGGCCAGUGAGAGUUCACCACCAUCGACGGACGCUCUCCUUAGACAUCAAAGGCUCUUCUGAACUGGUGGAGCUGGCCCCAUCCAUCCCACCAGGUCACAGGCCAGCACGAAAAGCAGGCGUGACAACAGGGCCUAACGAGCACCAGGACUGCAAUGGGAAAAUGCCCAACCUCGCUAAAGACAUCUUCCCAGAAAUGAACAAUCGCAAGGACCAUGGAGAAGAUGAGGAGGAGAUAGACUAUAGCUUAUGUUUCCGUAUCAGAAAGAUGAUAGAGGCCUACAAGCCAGACUGGUGUGAAUUGAGGGAGGACUGGUCCAUCUAUCUCUUCUCACCGCAAAACAGGUUUCGCAUCCUCUGCCAAACUAUCAUUGCUCAUAAACUAUUUGAUUACGUUGUCCUGGCCUUCAUUUUCCUAAACUGCAUCACUAUUGCCCUGGAGAGACCUCAGAUUGAACAGGGAAGCACAGAGAGAAUCUUCCUCACGGUAUCCAAUUACAUCUUCACAGCAAUCUUUGUUGCUGAGAUGACACUGAAGGUAGUCUCUCUUGGCUUAUAUUUUGGGGAGCAAGCCUAUCUCCGUAGCAGCUGGAAUAUCCUGGAUGGCUUCUUGGUGUUUGUCUCCAUCAUUGACAUUGUGGUUUCAGUAGCUUCUGCUGGUGGAGCCAAGAUUCUGGGGGUGCUCCGGGUCCUCAGACUGCUACGUACUUUACGCCCCCUCAGGGUCAUUAGCCGUGCCCCAGGCCUGAAGCUGGUAGUUGAGACUCUAAUUUCAUCACUCAAGCCCAUUGGAAAUAUUGUCCUUAUCUGCUGUGCUUUCUUCAUCAUCUUUGGCAUUCUUGGGGUGCAGUUAUUCAAGGGGAAGUUCUAUCAUUGCUUAGGAGUGGACAUUCGAAACAUCACCAACAGGUCUGACUGCAUGGCUGCCAAUUACAAGUGGGUGCAUCACAAGUACAACUUUGAUAACCUGGGCCAGGCUUUGAUGUCGCUCUUCGUACUGGCUUCCAAAGAUGGCUGGGUCAAUAUUAUGUACAAUGGACUGGAUGCAGUGGCUGUUGACCAGCAGCCAGUGACCAACAACAACCCUUGGAUGCUCCUUUACUUCAUUUCUUUCUUGCUCAUCGUCAGCUUCUUCGUGCUCAAUAUGUUUGUGGGGGUGGUGGUGGAGAACUUCCACAAAUGUCGGCAACAUCAAGAGGCAGAGGAGGCCAGGCGGCGGGAAGAGAAACGCCUGAGGCGCCUAGAGAAGAAGCGUAGGAAAGCGCAGCGCUUGCCGUAUUAUGCCACCUAUUGCUCUGUCCGCCUCCUCAUCCAUUCGGUCUGCACCAGCCACUACCUGGACAUCUUCAUCACCUUCAUCAUUUGCCUCAACGUCGUCACCAUGUCCCUGGAGCACUACAACCAGCCAAUGUCUCUGGAGACCGCUCUCAAGUACUGCAACUACAUGUUCACUACAGUUUUUGUGCUGGAGGCAGUUCUUAAGCUUGUGGCUUUUGGGCUGAGGCGCUUCUUCAAAGACAGGUGGAACCAACUGGACCUGGCCAUUGUCCUGCUUUCGGUCAUGGGCAUCACUCUUGAGGAGAUUGAAAUCAAUGCUGCCCUUCCUAUCAACCCCACCAUCAUCCGCAUUAUGAGAGUGCUGCGCAUUGCCCGAGUUUUGAAGCUCCUGAAGAUGGCAACUGGAAUGCGAGCUUUACUAGACACAGUCGUGCAAGCACUGCCACAGGUUGGGAAUCUUGGUCUACUCUUCAUGCUGCUUUUUUUCAUCUAUGCUGCUCUAGGAGUGGAGCUCUUUGGAAAACUUGUAUGCAACGAUGAGAACCCUUGUGAGGGUAUGAGCCGUCAUGCCACCUUUGAGAACUUCGGGAUGGCUUUCCUAACACUUUUCCAGGUCUCAACUGGUGAUAACUGGAAUGGAAUCAUGAAGGACACACUACGUGACUGCACCCACGAUGACCGGAGCUGCCUCAGCAACCUGCAGUUCAUCUCCCCACUCUACUUUGUCAGCUUUGUGCUCACAGCCCAGUUUGUCCUCAUCAAUGUAGUGGUAGCUGUCCUUAUGAAACAUCUAGAUGACAGCAACAAAGAGGCCCAAGAGGAUGCAGAAAUGGAUGCUGAGAUCGAGCUUGAGAUGGCACAUGGGUUGUAUCCUCACAGCGCACUGAAUCCUGGACAAGAUGGAGGAGGUGGGAGAAUGGACCCGGAAGGACGUCUAUGCAUGGCAUGCUUCUCUCCUGCUCAGGAGAACUUAUGGCUGGACAGUGUCUCUUUAAUUAUUAAGGACUCCUUCGACGGGGAGUUAAUGAUCAUCGAUAACCUAUCGGGCUCCGUCUUCCAUCAUUACUCCUCGCCGGCCAUGUGCGAGAAGUGUAACCAUGACAAGCAAGAGGUCCAGCUGGCUGAAAUGGAAGGCUUAUCACUCAACUCUGAUAAAUCUUCUAUCCUGCUAGGGGAUGAUGGGGACAGCCACAGUGUGGAUCAGCCAAGCCCUAAGGAAACUAAGGAUGAUGAGGAUCCCCCCUUGAUGGGGACAGAAGGUCUGGAAGAAUGUCACUUUGCUUUAACAAAUACAGAAGCUCCACCAGCUCCAGAAAGCUGUCUGUGUGAAAUGGAGAACACCCCUUUCAGUCCACUCCAGUCUUGGCUAUCAAAUGAGAACAACCAAGGUACUCCAACUGUCUUGUCUCCAGAUGCAUCUAAUCCUCUGUUGCCAGCACAAGCAGAGUUUUUCCUUCCAUCUGCUUCCGCCAACCAGCCAAGUCAAGAGAAAUCUUCUGGCCCAGAGAGUCUUCCUAAAAUUUCUUUGCAGGCUUCCUGGGCAUCACUGCAAUCUUCAAAAGUAAACUGUUCACUGAUCCACCAGACCACAGAGAGUGACACCUCCCUAGAUGACAGCAGGAGCAAUAUCUCAGAAGGAAGUCUGCAGACCACACUAGAGGACAGCUUGAACCUCAGUGACUCACCACAGUGUGUGCUGGACUUACCGGCGGCAUUAUGCCCAGUGCCACCAACAGCCACCCAAAAAGCCUUGGUGGUUCCACUUUCCCCUGCCUCGCGGAGGCAGAGCUUGAGGGGUCGGGGGAUCUUCACUCUUCGGAACAUCAGGCGGCACCAGCGGAGCCACAGCAGUGGAGGGAGCACGAGCCCCGGCUGCCCUUACCAUGACUCCAUGGACCCUUCCGAUGAGGAGGGUGCAGGAAGCAGCCUCAGGGGUGGAGGCAACAACAGUGAGCAUUCGGAGACCCUGAGCAGCCUCUCUCUAACUUCUCUUUUCUCACCGCCCCCUCCACCCCAAGGUCUAGCACUGAUGAAGAAGUGCAACAGCACCAGCAGUCUCCAUGCCAGUGCUUCUGUGCGGAGUUCUGCAGCAACAGAAGCCAAGCCGUUCUACUCAGUUGACCCAAGGGGUUUUUUAUCUAUGCCUUCUUGGGUGACAGACUUCUGCAAGAACAGUCCUUCUCCCAGGGAGGGCUGUGUACCAGAGGGCUCGAACAGAACUGGGACUCCAGACCACAGCUCCCCAGUUCCUUCUGAGUUGCAACUGGAGAGUGGAGUCAGCAAGAGGAACAGAUGAGUCACCUUAAGGCCAAAAAGGAAGAAUGAAAUGUGAACCAGGAGCGUGUCUUGGCUAGCAAUUCCUAAAAAGCAGUUCCAAACAGGAGGACUGUACAAAAGGAAACAAGCAACCACGCAGAAUAUAAAUAUGUACGUCCGUGUGUGCGUGUACAUGUGUGCGUAUGUAUGUGUGGAAAACAGACCUUUUUUUGUACCAUACCUCAGAGACACAUGAGAGCAAAAGCAAUAUGCGAACACCCUACCCACGUAUGGGACCAUCGCUUCUGCAAAGACAGCAGUGGGACAAAAGGAAUCAAAAGAUGGCAAUGCUGGGUGAAGAGGGUGAAGAACCUCCAGCCAAAUUCUUGGCCGAGGGCAGACGUUUACUCCUCUGUGUAUACAAAUAUAUAUGUACAGACAUAUAGAAUGAUUUAUUUAUUUUUAUUACAGAGAGCUUAGGACUUCCAGAAAGUGCUAAGUGUGGAAAGGGCAGGGCAAGGGAAAAUUAAUUUCAAGGUUAAAUGAGGAACCAAGAUGGGUUUUAGGGCCUGGGGAAAAGUAUAUUGUUUGUGCUUCUGUUCUGGGUGGGAGAAAUAUCUGCUGCUAAGAUCAAGGAGUGUCAUGAUGAGCUAAGAUAUGGGAAGUAUUCUGAUGUGUGCGUGCAGCUAAGGGUGGUUGUCUCAGUGUUGCUGAGGUAGUGGCAGUGAGGUGCCAUUUAUUAAAUGUUAACUCUGAGGAUCUUGCUCAUCCCACUGAAAAUUCUAGGCGGGAGCAUUACAAGCACAGAAGUGGCGGUGUGACAAGAAGAUAAUGAAAAAAAUGAAGUUGAAGAUCGAGCCAUCAACAAAGAAAAAAUGUAGUGGUGGUAAUUGCUGAGUGUUCUGUUUCUCAUUUUGCAAAAAAUAUAUAUAUAUGCUGCUGGGAAAGAACUGCUCUGUUGUUAAGGAUUUAGAGUUCAGAGUUUAUUUUCCUUACUGUUUGGAACUUGUGAAGAAUCUAUUUUAGAAGCCCAGAGGUGCAAAAACCAUCUAUAAAGAAAGGUAUGCUAUUUUUACAAAUAUUUUGAAAGAAAAAAGUGAGAGAGAAUGAGCAAUUAAAAUAUGGUUAACUUCUCUGUGUCUAAAGUGGGACUCGUACUUUGACCCACCAAAGUGUAUUCAUGAGUAAUCUUUAAAGUGAGAGCCUUUUCUCACCCAAUGCUUUUCUUAUUUCUUUGUAAUCCAAUCAGUGUGGGUGUCUGUCGGAUUGCAUCUGAUGGGGUUCCUCCAUUCAUUCUUAGAAUUCAAAGCAAUUGGCCCUGUUUUGGCCCUGACAUCAGAAAGUGCUAGUGAGGUCUAAAGUACACAACAAGGCAUAGCAUUACUCAUAUCUUUUUUUAAAAAAUGAUCAAUAACUGUUGUCAAGAGAUCAGGAUUGAGAAUAAAGGUGCAAGGAGAAAACCUCUUCCUUUACAACAGUUUUAGCUAAACCCUAUGUGACCUCCCAGAAGCUGCUGUUUGGCACAGGACAGAGAUGUCUAUGGAUGUCAAUUGUAGCUUCCUUUCCAUGUCAGAUAUGAAUUUGGAGGGUGGUUUUAUUCAGGACUUUACCACAAAAGGAAAGGAUUAAACUGCCUUCCAGUUAGUACACGAUCAUGACUGGGCCUUGGAGAAGCUGCUGUUUACCGUUUUGAAAAGAAACACGCAAUGACACCCAACUGCAUAUUUAAAGUUACAUGUAGUUUGGUCUUUAGAGAGCAAGAAAAAGUGUGUGUGUGUGUGUGUGUUCAGGUAUGUGUAUAUGCAAUAUGGUGGGUUAUUUGUUUACUAGUGAAUGUUGGAAAGAGUUGCUGCUCACCUUUUCAGUGCUUUACAGAUGGAAGGUAGACUGAUCAGCAGUAAGAUUGCUGGCACUGAGAGAUUGCUUAGAUGGGUUGGAAUUAUUAGCAAAAUCAGAAAAGUCAGCUUUUCUCUCCCUAUUGUAGAACACAUUCCUAGUGACUCAGUCCCCAUUUCAGGGUGCCUUUUAAAAAUCAAUUUGUACUUUUCCACUACUAGCCAAUUCCUCUUUCAGAAAGACUGGUUUCUGGAAGGUGUAUGUUACUGUUUUCAGAUUAAAGACAGGAGCAGGAUAUGCAGAGAUACUAUUUUUAAUACAGGAUUGCCAAAAAGAAGUGGAGGGAGCAGCAUGGCAGGCUUCAGCCAGAAGCUCAGUCCACAAAAAACAGCAAGUGAAGCUCUCCACCGCAUGGAGAUGAACUUUUUUCACCCGUUUAUUGCUUCAGAUCAAAGCCUAGUUCAAAGCACAUCUACAGGGUUACUUGCAAAGUUCUGUCCUGGUUUGGGGCAACUGACUUGAAGGGCUUUGGAAGAGAAACAGACAGUAGGAUCUGAACCCUGUUUCCUUCCAACAUGCUUUUCUCUAUUGCGAUGUGCAUACCCAGGAUGGAGGCUUGCUUACUUUCAUAAUGAAACAAUUCUUCCCCCUGUUAGAUGGAGUUGGCCAUAUCUGCCUCUGUGGGCCCCCUUCAAAUACUCGGGACCCAGGUUAAGGCCCUUUUAACAGCCAUGACUGCAGCCUAGAGAGUGUAAGAAGACAAAGCAUUGCUGAUUCAGAUAUCAAAAUAGCUGCUCAGUUCUAUAUGUAAUGAGGCAGUAAAUACCAAAUGUGUCACAAUGAACAGGAGGUGGAAUUAUGAUAGAGAAUUGAUCUCUUAGAAAAUAAUAUAUCUUUUUUAGAGAGUGCAAAAGCUGAAUUGAGCAGUGUCUAACAGUCUGGUGGACAAGACAACAAGAGCACCCACUGCUUUAAAGAAGUCACUGGUCUGCAUUAAUAAAGCAAUAAGAGUGGUCUUAAUUUUCAUUGUUUGUUUUUUGUCCUGGUUCGUGGCCUGCCUCCUGCCUAUUCUUUCUGGAGCAGGAGAGCUAAGUGAGCAGAGAUAAAGGCAGCUCUCCCUCUCAAAGUAUACCAUCUUUGCAGAAAUGAGGAAGGAAAAAGUCUUUAGUUACAGAUUUAAACUGAUCAAAUCAUGUUCAUUGCCACCAUUUUUGGUUGAGACUAGACCCAGCCCAAUUUAUUCUGUUAAUCAUGAAUUCUCUGACCAUGUGUCUUUAUGGAUAAGUAAUCAUAUAACAGAUCUGGCUCCCAUGCAGAAAUCAACACAGGCACCAUAACUUACACUGUUCACAAAAAGAAUGGUAUCAAAAUAUAUUCUAGGUAGAUCCCAUUGACAAUAUGAUCUGCUAUUGUACCACAUAUGCUUUUUAAAAAAUGUUUUAAAAUAAGGUGUCUCCGUGAUGUAAAUGGAAGCACAGAUUAUUUUAUCAGGGAAGUGUGCUUUCUGAUUGGAAAGUGAC